AAGCGAACAUUCAAAGCGCGCAGAACUCAGAGAAACGCAAAAAACGUUAUAACAAGAAAAAAAAAACCGAAAAGACUCAAAAUUUCAAAUUCGCAAAACGAGAUUGAUUCAGUGACAAGUGCAGUACAGACAAUAAAAUGAUCCCCAAGAGCAUAGCCCACCUGCUGGGACUGGCAGUGAUCAUGUUAAUGAUGUGGAAGCCCACACCCACGGAAAGCUACGCCGUGGGACAAUCGAAGUACGGGCGGAUCGAGAAGUUCCCCUACCAGGUGAUGCUCAUCGGAAAGCAGCUGUGGCGCAAACGGAUUCUGUGCGGCGGCACUCUGCUGGACAGACGUUGGAUCCUCACAGCUGGACACUGCACCAUGAGCGUGACCCACUACGAUGUGUAUCUGGGCACCAAGAGCGUGGAGGAUACGGAGCAGUCGGGCGGACUGGUGUUGCGCUCCAACAAGUUCAUCGUGCACGAGCGUUUCAAUCCGGAGACGGCGGCCAAUGACAUUGCCCUGGUCAAGCUGCCCCAGGAUGUGGGAUUCACGACGCGAAUUCAGCCCGCCGCGCUGCCAAUCAGAUAUCGACAUGACCAGUUCGCGGGCAUGAGCGUGGUGGCCAGCGGCUGGGGCGCCAUGGUGGAGAUGACCAACUCGGACUCGAUGCAGUACACCGAGCUGAAGGUGAUCUCGAAUGCGGAGUGCGCCCAGGAGUACGAUGUGGUCACGGCGGGAGUGAUCUGUGCCAAGGGCCUGAAGGAUGAGACAGUGUGCACCGGUGACUCCGGCGGUCCACUCGUUCUCAAGGACACUCAAAUAGUGGUGGGCAUAACCAGUUUCGGGCCAGCCGAUGGUUGUGAGACCAAUAUACCCGGAGGAUUCACCCGCGUCACGCACUAUCUGGACUGGAUCGAGAGCAAGAUUGGUGGCCACGGCCAAGCACAUCAGCAGUACCUGCGACCCCAGCAGCAACAUCACCAUCCCCAUCAGUACAGUGAUAACAAUCUCAUUUAGGAUGCCUCAUUUUGCGGAUGGAACAUCCCAACAACCACUGACUGAAACCUUAUAGCUUUAUGUUUUUUAAAGGAAUUCCCCAAUCUUGUGAUAUCGUAGCUCUCAUUGAAAUCUGCACAUUGUGCAUAGCUUUAACCAUUUAAA